AGGGCAGGAGCGGUAAGGGGAACAUGGCCGCGAAGUCGGACGGCGGCAAAGCCGGUGUCGGCUGCGGCGGCGGCAGCGGCUUCGCCCAGCUGUACGACGUUGACGCCGAGGAGCCGCUGGACUCCGCCGCGAUCCACAUCUGCCAGUGCUGCCGCUCCUCCGCCUGCUACUGGGGCUGCCGCUCAGCCUGCCUGGGCUCCCUGCUCGGCGGGGGCCAGCCGGUCGGAGGGGUCGGCGUCCGGGAGACCCACUGCCCUCCCCGGGAGCAGCUGUGGCUGGACUGCCUCUGGAUCAUCCUCGCCCUGCUCGUCUUCUUCUGGGAUGUUGGCACGGACCUGUGCCUGGCGGCGGACUACUACCACAGGCAGAACUACCUCUGGUUCGGCCUGACGCUCUUCUUCGUGCUGGUGCCGUCCGUGCUGGUCCAGAUUCUGAGUUUCCGCUGGUUCGUGCAGGACUACACCGGCGGGGGGCUCGGAGAGGUGGAGGGGCUUACUAAAAGGGGGACGGUGGUUCAGGGCUGCCUGUAUCCCGGAAAGGACCGCCUGCAGCUGGCCAUCAUCUGGCUGUGGCAGGCCACCAUACACAUCCUCCAGCUGGGACAGGUGUGGAGGUACAUCCGAACCCUCUACCUGGGGGUGAUGUCACGGCGGCAAAAGGAGCACCAGCGGCGGUGGUACUGGGCUAUGAUGUUCGAGUACGCCGAUGUCAACAUGCUGCGCUUGCUGGAGACGUUCCUGGAGUCUGCGCCGCAGCUGGUGCUGCAGCUCUGCAUCAUGAUCCAGGAGAACCGAGCCGAGACCCUGCAGUGCAUAUCCUCCCUUGCCUCCCUCCUCUCCUUGGCCUGGGUUCUGGCCUCCUACCACAAGCUGCUGCGCGACUCCCGGGACGACCAGCGCAGCAUGAGCUACCGCGGCGCGCUGCUCCACCUCUGCUGGCGCCUCUUCACCAUCUCCUCCCGCGUCCUCUCGCUCGCCCUCUUCGCCUCCCUUUUCCACAUCUACUUCGGCAUCUUUGUGGUGUUGCACUGGUGCGCCAUGGCCUUCUGGGUGGUGCAUGGUGGCACCGACUUCUGCAUGUCGAAGUGGGAGGAGGUGCUCUUCAACAUGGUGGUUGGCAUUGUCUACAUCUUCUGUUGGUUUAACGUGAAAGAGGGACGGACGCGGUACCGGAUGAUUAUGUACUACACCGUGGUUUUGGCCGAGAAUACCAUCCUGACAGGCCUGUGGUACGCCUAUAGAGAUCCGGCGCUCACCGACUCGUACGCCGUCCCCGCCCUCUGCAGCGUCUACCUGACGUUCGCCGGGGGCGUCCUCGUCAUGUUCCUGUACUACGGCUUCCUGCACCCGGCCACCGCCCACCUCCAGCCGAGCCCCGCCUCCUCCUGCUGCGCCCAGCUGCUCUGGGGUCUGCCGCUUCCCCCGUCGGCCCCGCCCACUGCCCCGCCCACCCCGGCACACAUGGCCAAGUCGCAGACGGAAGAGGACGUGGCCGAGUCGUGCCUUCCCGUCUUCCAGGUGAGGUCCGCCCCACCGAUCUCCAAGCCCGAAGGCCCUCUAAUAAAAAUCGACAUGCCCAGGAAGCGCUACCCGGCCUGGGACGCUCACUACGUAGACAGGCGCCUGCGAAGGACUAUAAACAUCCUGCAGUACAUAACGCCAGCUGCCGUGGGCAUCCGCUACCGCGACGGGCCGCUACUGUACGAACUACUGCAGUACGAGUCUUCACUCUGACACACACACAGGUACACCUGAGCACAUACAGCACUAGAAAAUCACAUACAGGAUGUGGAUGUUCAAACUUAGAGAAGAUAAAGGAAAAAAAAAGUCAUGAGCAAAAGAUCUCACUUGAUAUAAGCACAUGCACACUGAAGCAAUCUCACUUUUAAGCACACACACACUCGCACACACUUCUUGUAAGUCCCGUGGCCAUCACUCAGCAAUCUGCUUCAGUCCAUCUCCUUCUUUCUCACUUCACUUUUUAUGAACCUCCCUUCCAUUCUCUGCUAUGGAGAUGAAAAAAAAAUUUAAAAAGAGAAACAAGCACAUUUCUACAGCAGCGCCUGACCGCGUCAUUUAUGUUGCGAUCAACACGCAUUGAGUGACACAAAAGAGAGAAACAAUUGUCACUUAGAAAAAAUAAAUGGGAUCGUCAAUAUGUGGUUAGUCUAGUCAAAGGGUUGUGUAAAUAUUUUCUUUGUACAGAGCAGAUAUUUUUAAUGUAAUGUCACUUUGUGGCUGGACAAAGAGCUUAAAGAGCGAUGAAGGUUACCAGGGAAGUGCAAAAGAGACAGAAAACAGUAUUAAAAUCACAAACAAAUGUCUCAUCUUACGUCUUAGCUAUUCAGCAUCUAUCAGAUUAUCAAGAGUCGGAUCAACAAAAAUAUAAUAUAAGCUUAGUUUGGUUCAGAAUUACCAGUCAUGGUUUUCCUGAAUACAUUCAAACAAUGGCACCAUACCAAUAUAAUUUAGUGAAAAACAUAUUAAAAACUAGUUUAUUUGUUUUAGUUUUUUGUUCGGUAUAAAUGGGGUUACAUGUCCGUUCUUACACCCAUAGCUGUUCGCAGCCUUUGUAGCUAGAGAAGCUACACCCGCUUUUCUGACUAGCUAGUCAGAGAUUUUUGCAAAAUUGAGAAACUACGAUCAAAAUAUUAAUUAAUAAUUCAACAAAUUGAUAUAAAACAACAAAAAUAAUGAAAUUUUAAUUCCAAAAAGAAUCUUCACUUUAACUAAGACCUGCUUUAUUCCUGUCAGGAGCAUGAGAAAUUUGUUCUUUUGCCUUCAUCACUGUCUUCAUUAGCUUUGUUGUGCUAAUUUAAGAUAUAUUUUCAGAAUACAGCAGAUAAACCUAAAUAUUUUUGGACUAAACAAAACUGUUUGUUUAUUAUGUGAAGAAAUACAGUCAUUAUAAACACAUCAGAUCCACUAUAUUUAAUGCUAGUCACAGACGUUCCUGCUGUUUGCUUAGUCAACAGAGAAAUAGAUAUGAGGCAGCAUAAUAUGCUGUACAUGUGUUACCUAACCGUUUUCCACUUUUCCUUACAAAGGUUGUGGGAGGCUUUAAUACUUUACUCAGACUGUCAAAAAGUGCUAACACUCAGUAAAUCGGUUCAUGUCAGUGUUGGACCACAGCAAAAAAUCCCAGAUCUGGAAAUUACAACAGAGGGCAAGUACACGACUAAUUAUUUCUGAUCCGUGCGUAGCGUUUCUGUGUGAUGUCUUAUUCACGCCAGCCGUUCCUACGCUAACAGAAGCUGAUAUGAAACAGUUGUGGACCUGAGUCGUCACGACCCCCCUGGAUGACUUGUCUUCUCGUGCAUCAUGUCCAGCAUCAACUCCUCCAAAAGCCACCCACGGCUGAGCUGUGAUGUGUGGCUCAUUAUUUAUUUAUUUUUGGUUUGUUUAUCCCUGGUAUACAAGCUGUUACAUUGGCAGGCGACAGCAAAUGGUGCCGAUGCAUCAAUCACGGCCCUGUCUGCAGGAAUGGUGGAGAAAUGACAUGCCGUCGGAGGGGGAGGUCACACUCGCACCAUGGGGUAUAGAGUAAAAAAAAACAUGUUUUCGCCAUGCACUUGCAUAUCAGCAGGUGAAACACAAAU